AUGCAGACAGCGGAUUUGCUAAAGCGCUGGCCGCAGCUUGGUAUCAACAGCUGGGUGUCCAGGUAUAUGGGCGCUCCAGAGUUGUGCGACAAAGGAAACUUGGCCAGAAUGGUAAGGACGUGUCAAUGCCUCUGUGAAGAUCAUUAUUUUCACUUCAAUCCGCGCACCUGGGUGUUGCCAGAGCAGCUCGAAGAGCUCCGGGCAGUGUUAGAAAAGUCCAAGAGCACUUUCAUCGUCAAGCCAGAGGAUGGCUCGCAAGGCGAUGGAAUCUUCCUUGUUCAGGGCCUGCAUCAAUUUGACGUGAAGUUGUCUACUCAGAGUGCAACUGCCACAGUGGUACAGAAAUACAUCAGCAAGCCUUUGCUUCUCCGUGGGCUGAAAUUUGACCUGCGGAUGUACGUCUGCUUAGCAGGCGGCUCAUCAGCAGCCCCUCCAGCAGCGUGGCUCUGCCGUGAGGGCCUGGCGCGUUUCUGCACCGAGGCAUAUGAGCAGCCGUCGGCACGGAAUAUGCAUCGGUGCAUGGGACACCUGACCAACUAUUCAUUGAAUAAGAGAAGCAGCAAGUUCGAGCACUGUGGCCAGACCCUGGACGAGGUAUAUGGUGCUGAGAACACUGCGUCCAAGCGACCGUUGACAGUCUGCCUCAGCAGCUCAGUCAAGAGCACCAUGACUUCGACGUUGAGGCCGCAGAUUUCGGCAACAGAAGAGGCUUUUUACGCCAAUGUCUCCGAGAUCGCUCAGCGAGUCAUUGCUAUCAUGGCACCCGUGUUGAGAUUCCAUUCUCGCCAGCUUGGCUGCGAAGACAACAUUGGAUGCUUUCAGAUUUUGGGUUUUGACGUCAUGCUGAGCCAAACCUUCGAAGCCUACUUGCUGGAAGUAAACAACUCGCCAUCAAUCAGCAUUGAUGAAGCGCUACCGGUGGAAGAGUCAGAGUUGGGUGAGGCAGGAAAACUUUGCCGUUGCAUGGACAUGGCUCAGCCUCAUCGACAUCAGACUUCGCUCGUGGAUCUCGAGGUGAAGUCAGCCGUGAUGCGGGAUGCCUUUCAGGCCCUGGUGGGACUCAGCUUUGAGGGAGGCAUUGACUCGGAGAAUUUCAUGCCUAUAGCUGUUGGCAAUGACAGCUUGUGGCCACUGUUGGUGAGAGCCUCGAAGGCCUUCACAAGCACAGGCUUGCGUCGCAUUUUCGGGCCUUUGUGCGGCACAGGCGGCCUCCAGAAGCACGACUUGGACAUGCUGAUUUUCUGGAUGCAAUCCUUGCUGUUGGGCAGCGAGCAUUCCCGGGAUCACAACCACGCAGGGUUGUGGAACAGGUUCUCGAGCAACUGGCCUGAGCUUGACGCAUGCCUUUCGCCAGAUGACUUCUCAGAAGCACAGAAUGGGCAAGGACAUGGCGAUCACGUCAUGAAGCGCGAAAGGAAAGAGAGCCAACACCACGUAUGCAGUCGUUGGGCCACACGUUCAGCGUUGGCUCCGAGUGCAAAGGAGGUCGUGCUCAACAACGAGGAUCUCAAGAUAUUGAAGUCGCGCGAAGUCAAAGUACAAGACCUGUUCGUCCGGCGCUUCCUUGUGAUUGCAUUCGUGGCUCUACAUCUGGAUUUCAUCUUCGCCAAGAAGUCAAGGCAAGGUUGA